AUGGGCUUUUUCCGGCGACUCUUUGCCGCCAAAAAAUCGUCUCCUCCUCCCUAUGACGGUUCAAGUACCAAAUCUGACAAAGACAGCACCACCAAGAAAAGAUGGACCUUCGCCAAACAAAGCAGCCGGAGAAAGUCACUCCCACCGCCACAGCCGCCACCGUCCUCCGCCUUCACCCAAUUUGACCCCUCCACUUCCUUAGAACGGAACAAACAUGCAAUUGCAGUUGCCGCCGCUACUGCAGCCGUCGCCGAGGCCGCUCUCGCCACCGCACAUGCCGCGGCGGAGGUUGUCAGACUGACAAGCAACGGAGUGGGAAGUAGCUCCAAAGCGCAUAGUGGCCAGCCACGGUUGCCGGAGGAAACCUCCGCCGUUAGAAUACAGUCAGCUUUCCGCGGUUACUUGGCGAGGAGGGCGUUGAGAGCGCUAAAAGCAUUGGUGAAGUUGCAAGCGUUGGUUAGGGGCCACAUUGUGAGAAAGCAAAGUGCGGAUAUGCUAAGGCGCAUGCAAACAUUGGUGCGACUUCAGACGCAGGCACGUGCGACUCGUGCGCAUCAUUUGUCAUCGGAUAAUUUGCAUUCUUUCAAGUCUUCGCUUUCUCAUUACCCUGUCCCUGAAGAAUACGAGGACCCGCACUCAUAUCGUGUAUGUAGUACAAAAUUCGGUGGAUCUUCCAUCCUCAAGAGAUGUAGCUCCAAUGCAAAUUUUAGGAAGAUUGAGUCGGAGAGACAAAGGUUUGGCUCCAAUUGGUUAGACCACUGGAUGCAAGAUAACUCCGGUAACCAAAUCAAAGAUACUUCAUUCAAGCAUAAACAUUCUCAUGAAGAUAAAAUCGAUAAGAUUCUCGAAGUAGAUACGUGGAAGCCACACGAGUCUCCAUCGAAACACUCAACAAAACCUCAAAAUCAAACUCCCUCAUUCAAGUUUCACAAAGGAAAAGAUCAAGAAACAGCAUCGCGCACAGCUGAUAAUAGUCCACAAACAUUCUCCGCGUCUUCAAAAACCGGAAACAGUGUAAGAAGAGGCACUCCUUUUACACCUACAAGAAGUGAAUGUUCAUGGAGUUUCUUAGGUGGUUACUCCGGUUACCCUAAUUUCAUGGCGAACACCGAGUCCUCAAGGGCUAAAGUUCGAUCGCAAAGCGCACCGAGACAAAGGCAUGAGUUUGAGGGAUACAUUUCCUCUAGAAGACCUUUUCAAGGUCUUUGGGAAGUAGGGUCUACAAAUUCAGAUCAAGGUUCUGAUUCAAGGAGCAAUAGAGUCUCACCUUCUUUGAGCCGUUUCAAUAGAAUUGGAAGUAACAAUUUAAGGUGA